GCUUAAUCAAAGAAAUAUUGUAGAAUUGGUUUUAGAUAAUUUUUGUAGUGUUUUAAUAUAAUCAUCUGAUUAGCUGUUGAAGUAAUAAUUUUUCUCAGUGUUCCUAAGACUGUAAUACUUUGCAGUGUGGCAUUAUGGAUACAGAUGAUGAUAUCAGUGCAUUGGAAGAAGAGGAGGAGGAGGUUGCACUUUUGUCUCAUUCCACUCUUUCCUGUGAACUAAAGCUCUCACCUCCAGAGCCGACUGUCUCCUCCCCUUGCAACUCAGAACUCUCUUGCCCUCACACUCAAAGCUUGAAUACUUCUCUAGAAGAAUUUGUUUCCUGCGAUAGUGAAGAUGAUGAUGCACCCUCACCAAACCCGCACUCGACGAGGCCUCGCUCGUACCCAGCCAGUCGGAAGGAGAACAAGACAGUCGUCAGGUACAUGAUACGCUCUGCUUGUACUCACCUGACCAAGGAAGAAAAAUUUGUGGUAUACACAGUUGAGGUGCAGAGGUUUGUAAAGUGCCCAGAUGGAGAGAACCGAAUGUUGUACAAACCAGUGCCCAAGUGCUGUGCGUCCUUCACGCGGAGAUACUCAGAAUUCCUUGCUGUUUACUCUGCUUUGAUGGAGUCACACCGCUCAUUGAUGGAGGAGUUUGAAGGCUUUCCUAAAAAAGUUCUUAUCGGCAACUUCAGCAAAGAGGUGAUCACUGAACGUUGCAAAGGCUUGGCACGUUUCAUGAACUUCGUCCAGGAAGAAGGUGUUCUAUGUAGAACAGCUGUGUUCUCAAAAUUCCUAUACCACCCUGAGAUCAUAGCAAGCAAUAACCAUCUUCUUCACUCACAGUUUGAAGAGGCUGAGCCUAUCUUGGAAAACACGUAUGUUUUACUUAAUAACUUGCAGUGGGAUACAGGACUCAUGCUUCGUAUUCUGUGUCAGCUCAUUGUAUGUCUUUAUGCUCUUAGUAAUUAUGAGAGGUGUUAUUUAUUUGCUAAACAUGCUCUGAAAAAGUUCCAGUUGCCAAUCAAUAGAAAUGUCUGCAAAGAAUUUUACCUCCCAUUGCUGGUGUUCUGUGACAACUUGUGGAGGAUUCUUGGAAAGGAUAGAAAUGCAAUCAGGAAAAAAAUUGAUCUUUUAAACAAGCAAAAGGCACAAGAGGAUGUGGUGCCCAAUCUUCUAGACCUCCUGAGGGAUGAAAUUGCUAUACGAACACUUCAUUGAAGAGGAUUAUUAAUAGAAGUGUAUUUUGGCAGCCAUAACCAAAGCUUAGAUCUACUUGUUUUGCAUUGAGUACAUGUACCAAAUGCAAAUGUACUGAAUGGGGCUGCUAUGUGAGCAGCUUCUGCUGCAGACAUCUUCCAAAAAGCUUACAUGGCAUAAGUGCCACCAGAUCCAGACUGGUUACUAUAUUAGAAAAAAAAAGUUGAUUAUUGUUCAUGUGAAUUGUUCCAAACUAAAGCUUACUACUUCCACUAAAUACAGGUGUAGAGAUAUAAUUUUGUAAUAAAACAAGAGAUCAUUGGAAUUCACAACUAGAGAAAGUGAUC